UUCGCGCAUGAGUGAGUUUAACUCGGCACAUUAAUCUGUUGGGGCCUGGAAGUUUUUUGUUGAAUUUUGCUAAAAUAGGACUUUAAAAAUGUCCGGAAAAGUGAAAUAUGCUACUGACAUGGAAAAGUCCGUUCUUGUUAAUAAUUUCGAGAAGCGAGGUUGGUCGCAGGUUUCAGCUGAUGAAGACUGGAAUUUUUACUGGACGAAUGUCAAUACGACAAGAAAUAUCUUCAGCCUUGAAACUGGAUACAGGCUGUCAGAUGAUCAAAUUAUCAAUCAUUUCCCAAAUCAUUAUGAACUUACUCGGAAAGAUCUCAUGGUGAAAAAUAUCAAAAGAUAUCGCAAGGAAUUGGACAAGGAGGGAAGCUUGUUGGCUGAAAAAGAUGAUUCUGGUCGGUAUAUCCAUCUCGAUUUCAUUCCUGUUACUUUCCUUCUUCCUGCUGAUUACAACUUAUUUGUCGAAGAAUUUAGAAAGAAUCCGUCAAGUACUUGGAUUAUGAAACCAUGUGGAAAAGCACGUGGUAUCGGAAUUUUCCUGAUCAACAAAUUGUCUCAAAUCAAGAAAUGGUCUCGUGAUAGUCGAGCUGCUAAUUUUGCUCCACCAUCAGCUAGAGAUGCGUAUGUGAUAUCAAGAUAUAUCGAUAAUCCGUUGCUGAUUGGUGGAAAAAAGUUUGACCUGAGAAUGUAA